GUAAUUUAUUUAUUUGAUUUAUUAGUUCCAAUAGUGGGGAGAAUUUUAUUAGUUAUUUGUGUGAUAGUAGGAGUAGCUUUUUUAACAUUAUUAGAGCGAAAGGUUUUAGGGUAUGUACAAAUUCGGAAGGGGCCUAAUAAAUUAGGGUUUAUUGGGAUUUUACAGCCUUUUAGUGAUGCUAUUAAAUUAUUUACAAAGGAACAAACUUAUCCAAUAGUUUCUAAUUAUUUGAUAUAUUAUUUAUCUCCUAUUUUUUCUUUAUUUUUAGCAUUAUUAGUUUGAAUGUGUAUUCCUUAUUGAAUUAAGUUAUAUUCUUUUAAUUUAGGAAUUAUUUUUUUUUUUAGAUGUGUAAGUUUAGGGGUAUAUACUGUAAUAUUAGCCGGUUGAUCUUCUAAUUCUAAUUAUGCUUUAUUAGGGGGAUUACGAGCUGUAGCACAAACAAUUUCUUAUGAAGUUAGUUUAAUUUUAUUAAUUUUAUCAUUUAUUUUUUUAAUUAAUAGAUUUAAUUUUUUUGGUUUUAUAAAUUUUCAACAAAAUAUUUGAUUUAUAGUUUUAAGAUUGCCCUUAGGUUUGAUAAUAUUAACAAGAUUAUUAGCAGAGACUAAUCGGACUCCUUUUGAUUUUGCAGAGGGAGAGUCAGAAUUAGUAUCAGGAUUUAAUGUUGAAUAUAGAAGAGGAGGAUUUGCUUUAAUUUUUUUAGCGGAAUAUGCAAGUAUUUUAUUUAUAAGAAUAUUAUUUGUGAUUAUAUUUUUAGGAGCUAAUAUUAUUUCAUUAAUUUUUUAUUUUAAGUUAACUUUUUUAGCUUAUGUCUUUAUUUGAGUGCGAGGGACAUUACCUCGUUAUCGAUAUGAUAAAUUAAUAUAUUUAGUUUGAAAAAGAUAUUUGCCUGCUUCUUUAUGUUUUAUUAGUUUGUUUAUUGGUUUAAAAUUAAUUUUAUUAUAAUAAUUAAAUAUAGUAAAGUUAAUAGAAAAUUUAAAUUUCUAUCUAAUGUUUUCAAAACAAU